AUGGUUGGAGACAAAGGAAUGCCGAUUUGUCUUUCUGAUUUCGCCGCCGGCGGCGAGAUCCGUGUACUACCGCAGUGUGGAUACGGAUUCCACGUUGCCUGCAUAGAUACGUGGCUUGGGUCCCACUCUUCUUGCCCUUCAUGUAGACAGAUUCUGAGGGUCACCAGGUGUCAGAAGUGUGGCCGGUUUCCGGCGACCGGUGCUGAAGCUACCGCCAUUACCGUUAAUGAACAAGAGUUGAAAUCUGCAGAAGACAACAAUGUUGGUGCAAAUAGUAAUAAUAAUUGUAGCGGGGGUGUUAGUAGUAGUAGUAGUAAUAAUUCUAGAAAUCACAGCCACAGUGUAAACAGUGGGUUCUUGCCUUAA